UCUCGGGCCGGGGCGGGCGAGGGAGGCGCCGCUGCGCUGCGGCUCGCGCCACCGGGCGUUGCGGGCCGUGACGGGCGGGUGUCAUGCCCGGGAGCUGAGAGGCUGCGCCUCCGGGUGUUUUGUGGAUUUACUCUUCAGCAAUUACAUACUGCAGUAAUACAGCUAUGGCGGCGUUCCAGCCUUUCAGGAACAGUCACAUAAAGAAUAAGGCAUCUGUCCGCAAAAGCUUCAGUGAAGAUGUGUUCCAGUCUGUAAAGUCUUUAUUACAGAGUGAGAAGGAGCUAUGCAGUGUAUCAGGAGGAGAGUGUUUAAACCAGGAUGAACACGCCCAUUUAACUGAGGUUACGUUUCUGGGCUUUAAUGAAGAUACAGAUGCUGCUCAUAUACAGGAUCUAGCUGCAGUUUCACUGGAACUUCCAGACCUUCUGAAUUCGCUCCAUUUCUGCAGUCUAAGUGAAAAUGAAAUCAUUUGUAUGAAGGAUAUGAAUAAAUCAUCAGGUGUAAGCAGUAGUCCUCUAAAUCAGAGUCAUCAUUCUGGAAUGCUUUGUGUCAUGAGAGUGUCACCUACAUUACCAGGACUCAGAAUUGAUUUUAUCUUUAGUCUCCUAAGUAAAUAUGCUGCUGGUAUAAGACAUACCUUGGACACACAAUUGCAUCAGAAGCACCACCUUGAGACCACUGAUGAAGAUGAUGAUGAUACGAACCAGUCUGUGUCUUCCAUAGAGGAUGACUUUGUCACUGCUUUUGAGCAGUUAGAGGAGGAGGAGAGUACAAAGCUAUAUAAUGAUGAAAUAAAUAUUUCUACACUAAGGAACCGGUGUGAUGCUGCCUCUCAGACUACUUCUGGUCACCAUUUAGAAACCCAUGAUUUUAAAGUACUGGUCAGUUAUGGACCACAGAAGUCAUUGGCUAAGCCUUCAUCUUCAAUACAUGUUCUGGGACACAAAGAAACAUCCUCUGUGAAAACAUCGGUUACAACAUCAAUUUCAGAACCCUGGGCCCAAAGGAGUCUCUACAGGUCAUCCAGUGCUUCAGAUAAAGGCAGGAAUACACAGGAGAUACUUGUUCCUUCUUCUCCUGCCCAUUCCUCAGAAUCUGAGUGCUCAAGCCCAAGUCCUGUAAUUUUUUUGGAUGAAGAGGGAUACCAAAAAAGUUUAAAAGCAAAACUUGAGUUGCCUGAAAUCCCUGUGACAAAAGAUGAUGUAGAGGAUUCAGACUCAGAAGUGAGUGAGUUUUUUGAUAGCUUUGAUCAGUUUGAUGAACUAGAGCAAACUUUUGAGACUUGUCCAUUUAUGAAAGAUCCUGGUAUAGGGAAGUCAUUGCAGAAGAUAGGGCACAAACAUGAAAAAUCUUGUAUGAAUCCUCAGAAAUUCAAGUUUGAGUGUCCAGCUCUUCCGGCUAAUGUUAGAAAGCCAACUCCACGAAAACCCGAGUCUCCAUAUGGUCACCUGUGUGAUGCUCCAGAUUCCCCUCGUCCAGUGAUAACAUCAGAAGACAGUGGCUUGUUUAGUCCUAUUCGAGCCUCUGCUUUUAGUCCUCCUGGAAGCUGUACUCCUGCUGAAUGUUUUUGCCAAACAGAUAUUGGUAAAGAUAAGAAUCAUGAAAAUCAGGAUCCUAUUUAUUGCACUUAUGAAGAUUAUGCAAAUAAUCUUUCAUGUGAAGUACUAGGCUCAGUUCUUCAUACUCAGUGUACAAAUGCAACGUCAGAUAUUAAUAGUGUUAAAGGGGGAGAAAAUUAUACUGUAGCUUUUAAGCAUGGAAAUUCCGAUCAAAAAAGUAAGUGUAAAAACAAAUCUUCAAUGAUUACUGACAGCGUUCAGAAGUUUGCAGCAGAUCUUGUAGGAAAAAGUUUUGGUAAUGCAUUUAAAGACUUACAGAAAGGAGUUUCCUCAUGUACCAAUGCACUGUGCCACUUUGCUGUCAAAUUGACAUCAUCUGUUUUGCAGAUGGCAUUUAAUGAACUUAGAAGGCAGUGUGCAUUUUCACUGAAAGAACGAGCCAUUGGUAGCCUGGCAAGUCUUUUGGUGAGUGAAGCCUUAUCAAAUGCCUUGAAAGAUUUGCAGUAUGUGAAAAAACAGAUGUUUACAAACACAGUUGCUAGGUUUGCUGCAGAUCUUGCAGAAGAGCUUGUUUUUGAAGGCAUCAUGGAAGUGUGUCAGUUUUCUUGUCCUCCAACACCUGCGUCUCAACAGUGUCCAUCAUUUGACUUUGAAGACAAAGUCGUGAAGUCAUAUGCCAAAGAUUUGUCUGAAUCUGUAAUACAAGAAGCAUUCAUAGAGCUGUCACAGACGGAUGUGACCUUCACAACAAAGGCAGCAGUUAAUGUUUCAAUGGGUAAUGUCAAUUAUGUGAGUACAGAAAGUGGAGUGCCGCCUACACAGACUUUCAGACAGAUGAGAUUUUCCUCAUCCUUUAGCAGUCAAGCAAUUAUGACAAAGCCAGUGCAGGAGCAUAAGAAGGAGUAUACAGUGCAGCAGGCCUUGUUUUGUACUUCGGGACUUGUCACUUCCAUACCAGUACCUUUGGCAGGUAGUGCCCUUCUCCCGUAUCAUAUUUCCUCUACUUUGAAUCAGUCCAGGUCUCAUCUGUCAUCUGAGCAGAGUAAAGCAAAUGAUGGUUCUACCCAAGAGCACAUCUCCACAGAAAGCAGUGAAGAGGAAGUGGAUCGUCUCAGAGAUAGCCUUCUAUCUUCAGAACUCGAUCCAUGUAACCAGAAUGACUUCAAACCAACCAACCGUGAUACUGACCUACAGAGUCCUUCAAAAAUAACUAGUGGCCCUGUAAUUAUUAGCAACUUUUCUGCAGCAAUGGUACAUACAAUAGUCAAUGAAACCUUAGAGUCCAUGACAACCUUCAAAGCUACAAAAACUGUUGAUGCACAUGCAGAUUAUUUAACUAAAACAAAGGGACAAAUCUGUCCUUCCAUUUGUGACCAAGCAGUACCACAACAGAGCAAAGCUAGCAGUAAGGACAUGUUUGCUGAGCAGUUAUCAAAGUCAAUUAUUAAACAUUCCUUGGAUAAAAGCAAAUCAAUGCUUCCAAAUAUAGAUAACAAAACAGUUAAUAAGGAACACGUGCCUGUUCUUGGGGAAGAAUCACAGUUGAUCUUAGAGGAAGCUCCCAAAUUUCUUGGCUUUCCAGAUCACUUACCUCACUCUUCACUCUUGGCUGGAAAGCAUUGUGUUCCAGAAUGUAAAGAUUCUGUGGGGUUUGGAUUUUCUUUAGAGACACUGCCACCUUGUUCAACAAUGUCAAGUCAGAAAUCUGACUUGAAGGAACUUGUGAAGGAUAAACCAGUGAAAAGGCAUCAUUUGAAUACUACUGCACUUGAGCCCUUGUCUUAUGGGCUGGAAAGCUCUUUCCGUCACUCACAUGCUUUGUCGUCUGCAGUGCUCACCAGUGUAGAUGGUUUGCAUGGGGAAGAUAAACAGAAAAUCAGAGACAGAAAUGUAAUACCUGAUACUCCUCCAUCAACUCCUUUAGUACCAUCCCAGACUAGUUCUGAAUGGGACAUAAAAAAACUAACCAAAAAACUCAAGGGGGAGUUAGCCAAAGAAUUUGCACCUGCCACACCACCCUCUACACCUCACAACUCCUCUGUUGGUAGUUUGUCUGAGAAUGAACAGAAUACUAUAGAGAAGGAAGAGUUCAUGUUGAAGCUCAUGCGGUCUCUUUCAGAAGAAGUUGACAGCAGUGAGGGUGAAGAGCACCUGGAAGCGGAUGUGAAGUCAGAGUGCUCGGGAAAGAAAGUGCACUUUGCAGAAGCAUUAGCUACACACAUCAUUUCUCUUGCAACUGAAAUGGCAGCCUCUCAUUUAGAUCAUGAAGUCACUCAAGAAUCCAAGGCUCAAAACCCUCACUUAAAUGUGCAGAGUCAAAGAAGUGGGCUGUCUGCUUCUUUAAAUCAUUCUCACACAAACAUGCAGACGUGCAGUUUUGCAAGUGAUCUGGCAGCUGAUGUGAUUGCAGAAGCCGAGAAAAUUGCAAAAGCUAGAAGUUGUAUGCUUUUCAGGCAGGAGAGGAACAGUUGUCAUGUCGAUGUUGACCAAGACAGAGCAGAAGAGAAGCUGAGUGUGGAGGAUGUUGCAUAUCCAAGAGAAGUAGAUCCGUUUGUUCUUUCAUUACCACACUGUACACCAGGUCUGACGUACAGGUAUCCCAGUUGUGAAAGUGUGACUGACGAAUAUGCAGGUCAUGUCAUCCAAGUGCUGAGACAGGAAGGUGGCAAUGGUGAACUAAUCAUGGAUCAGUAUGCCAGCAGACUGGCCUAUCGAUCUGUCAAGUCAGGAGUGCAAGAAGCAGCUAAGACACUAAAAAUGAAGUACAGUUCAAAAACGUUCCCUUUGCACAACUCUCAUGUGAAAAUAAGCAAGGAACUGUUGCUCUCAAAUACAGAGCAUCUCCAGGUAGAUAAAAGACAAAGCAGAAGAAAUGGUGAACAUCUUUGUAAAUACCAACCGUGUGAAAGGACACAGGCUCCGUGUGGAAAUGAACUCUCUGAACUGUACAGUUUUUCAGCCUCUCUUGCUAGCAUCAUAACAAGAGAUGUUAAGAAACAGCUGACAGCACCUAUAGUUGACUUGACACAAUACUCAACAGAUUCAUGUCGUUUUGAAAAAUCUGGAAGUGUUGACAAGGGCGAGAGUAUUAUUGAACCAGAAUUUUCAAAGUCUCAUCAACCUUUGCAAAACCAUGGAUUCUGCCAGAAUACAGGCAACUUAAGUGGACAUAGUCAUGGAGAGAAUGCUCAAGCUUUAGAACAGUAUGCUAGAAAAGUAGUGGAUGACACUUUAGAGCUAAGUUUAGGAUCUACAGUUUUCCACAUUCCAGAGACCACAGCAUCAGCAGAUAGAAUCACUUACGCAGAAAAAUUGUCACCACUCAUGAAUGGUGCUUGUAGAUACUGUGACCUUAAGGAACGCCAUAGUUGUGCCAGAAGUCCUUCCCAGCCCCCUUUAAAACAGAGUGUGUGUUCUAGUGCUAAGCCAGGUUCACAUUUAAAACGUAGUAGCAUCCACCAGAAAUCGAGAAUUUUUCAUCUUGAUGUGCCUCAGAUUCAUGUUAAUCUUGAUAAAAGGGCAGUGCUUGCAGAGAAAAUAGUUGCUGAAGCUAUUGAAAAAGCAGAGAGAGAGCUGAGCAAUACCAGUCUGGCAGCUGAUAGUGGAAUUGGACAAGAUGGCAUCAGCUUUGCUGAGAGCCUUACCACAGAAAUCAUGACAUCAGCUGUGACAAAUGCUGAGCACGCUGUUAACAGGAACGUUAUCAUCCAUUUACAGGGCUGGAAGAUGAGAGUUAGAGAACACAAUGACCUCAAAUUGACAGAACUAAGAAACAGUUCAAAGGAAAUAGAAGAUUUUCAGUCAACUGAGUCACUUGGCAGCCAGCAGCUGAAUCUGAGUGUUGGUGAGGACAGUACUGGUAGCUGGUCCAACUUAAGUUUUGAGGAUGACCACCAAGAUGAAAGCAGCAGUUUUCAUCAUCUCAGUGAAAGCAGUAAUGGUAACAGCAGUAGCUGGAGCAGUCUUGGUUUAGAAGGAGAUUUGUGUGAGGACAAUUUAUCCUUUCCAACAUCAGACAGUGAUGGACCAGACGAUAGAGAUGACGAUCAGGAGGAUGGUGUGGAAGAUUUGCAACAAGAUGGAAAGACUCUGCUAAUUAUGAACAUUGACCUGGAGCCAGGAGCAGUAGAUCCUCAACUAAGGAUUAUUCUUCAGUGGCUCGUUGCCUCUGAGGCUGAAGUUGCAGAACUUUAUUUUCAUGACUCUUGGAAGAAGGAGUUUAUAUUACUUUCAAAACAGUUAAAAGAGAAAGGAUGGAGAGUGGGAGAUGUCCUUCAGGCUGUCUUUAAAUACUACCAAGUGCUGGAAAAAGCUUCAAGUGAGGAAAGAUGCAAGUCGCUGUUCAGUUGGCUUUUGGAAAAUGCCUAGAACAAAAUAUGCUCCAUACCAGUAUAUUUUAUUGUUUUAGGAAGAAACCGAUGAUGUAUGUUUAGGAUAAAACUCAUACAGAAUAUUAACAUUUUAAUUGCAUUGAGAGGAAAGUAAGAAACCUUUUAAAUGCUUUCUGCCCUCAAACUGUAUAUAGUUCAUACUUUUGUAAUCUUUGUCAAAAUACUUACAUGUGUUUGUGUUACGGCUCUGAGAAAUGUCUGUGAAGGAGGAUCUAACCCUGACGCUGGGGGCACUGUCUGACAGCAUUUGUUUGGAUCCACACAGUGCUGCUACAAACAGGGCUGAGGCGGCUGGCCUGGCCCCAGUAAUGAUUUUGUUCCUUUGAAAACAAGUGGCAUCUGAUGGUAAAUCACCUGACAUCAAGAAAGAAAGCGGAGGAUGGUUUUUUUUUGUUUGUUUAUUUCUGGAUAAGUUUGUAAUCUUUACUGUUUUUUCAAAUCAGUCUAAUUUCCAUAGUUCAGCUGUAGGUACUUGUAGAUUUCCUCAGACAUUUAAUUUGUUAGCACACUCAUUAGUGAUUUAGGAUUCUGUGAACACCGUGAGUUUUUCCUAGCCUUCCAUCAAGUGAUGUUACUUGCUAAUGCUGCCGAUCAUUCUGGAAUGAGAAAGAAAAUGGGGUGGGGGAGAGGUGUUGUGAGAGAGCGUGUGUGCAAGAAUGAACUUUAACCUUCCCACUAGUUUAUUAUCUUUUACUUUAGUGUUUUCUUAGGUAGAAACCCACCAUUAACAUUAAAUAAAAUGUCUAAAUGUUGUGCAGUAAGAAUUUUGUCUUUAUGAUUUAUUCCACAAAUGAAAAUUCAGGUUGUAAAACACAUUGAAAAUUUAAAAAUUAAUGUGGAAAUACACUCAAAGGUGCCUAGUAAUGAUUUUCAGUGUUUGAUUUUUGAAGAAUAAAUAAAAAACUUCCCACUUCCCCAAGAAUAAUUUUCUUUUAGCACAAAGGACCCUCCCCCCAGUAAAAUGGAACUGUUUUAUAAUGUCCCCUCCCGUUGUCUUUGGCCUCCACAUCCUUGCUGUGGUUUUAGAAACUGCAAGUUGACGUGAGAUGAACCAGGAGGCUCUGUCUCAGUUGUGUCCAUGAUGUGUGUGCAAAUGUUGCACACAUUUCUUCCACUAAUGGAUUCUGGAAUCAAGGGCAAAUCAUUUUUUUGUGUGUGUGUGGGGUCAUUGAUUUUGCUCUGUUAUUUCCCCACUACAGCUCCAAAGCUCUGACUUUUCUAGCAAUGAGUAGAAGACAUGGCACCUACCAGGGCACUUACAUUAAUUUGAAUUGGUAAUUAUGGUGAAGAAAUGUAUUUUAUAGAGAAAGCCUUGCCUUUACUUUAAGUCCAGAAACAAUUUAAAUAUUUUGAAACUACAUUAUAAGUUCUACUUUUUCUCAAUUUAACACAGAGACACAGGGCCAGCCAUAAAAAUACAUUUUUCUAAAAUUUUCUGAAGUAUUUUUUCAGAGUCGGGAAAUGCAGGGAAUUAAACCCAGGUGUGAUUUCGUGCAGUUGUGAGCUUAUGACUAAACUUGUACAAGGAACUUUCACACUGCACUUAUGUAAUUUGGGUAUAUAUAUUGGUCAGAGUACAGCAAAACUGAGCUUCAAUUACUUUGAAGUAGAAAUGGCUGUAUGUUGAUUUUAUAAAACGGAAACUGCUUAGGCUCAUUUAUAUUAGUGGUAUACCCAUUUGAGGCAAGCUUCCCCAUGUGUUCCUGUUUGGCAUUUGGUGAAGCUUCACUAUGCCCAGUGUUAAGUGCUACCUAGUGACAACAGUCAGAGGUGUUGGCCUGAGUUGUAACAGUAAUAGUAGGGACUCAACACUUGUGUCAGUUCUGUGUAGGAACACAGGAACGUUAGAAGUAGUGGGUGGGUGAGCAGAAGCGUGGGUGGUUUCCCUGUAGAAGGUGCUUGCAUGUAGAGCGCCGUGCCAUGGACCAUGUGCAGUGUAAAGCAAACUGGUUUUGAAGCAUUCUGUGGUUUUCCCGGACUCCUCCAUCUGUUUGUGUGUUCAGUUUUCGGAGUGCCUCUGUUGAGGUAGCUUCGUCGUACAGAUCUCGACAUAUUUGUAUCGGAACAUUGUAUACUGCCAUUAUGUACAUGUUGCUCCUAAUAUAUUUUAUUGGAAACUGUUAGAACUGUGAUGUGCAGUGAGCUGGUUCUUGGUUUGCCAACUUUAGAGGCGUAUUGUGAUGGUCAGAAAGCAGGCGAGAGACCUCUAUCGAGGAGCUUCUGGACUGAUCUCACACUGAAAUAGCGCAUUUGUUUUGUGUCCGUCUUUUCCUAAGUUAAAUGACAUUUGUAUUUUAUGUGUUAUUAAUGUUGGUUUUGGAAAUCAUUUCCUGAUUCACUCAAGAGGAAUGCCAUCACAAAACCACAGAAGAAAUGGCAAUAGAAAUGGGCUGGCCUCCUUGUGUUGUAAAGCUAAGGUUACAGUAGCCUUCAGUGAAUAUAUUUAGUGUCUUUGUACUUUGAGAAAUGCUUUGUUUAUCCCUGAAGAUACUUAAUGUGAAUUAGUUCAAUUCAUACUACUAUACUUCUGCUUAGCAAAGGGCUUCUAUUGCUGGUAGGAAGCUCUAUGUAUCAAAUGCACUGUGUAGAGUAAAGAUAAUUGACAGCUGGCAGCUUUGACAGUGGCAGUGCGUGUUCUCCAGUGUCGAUUCCAGAGCCGUGUGGCUGCCUGCUAUUUCUCCACAACUACUGUCACCAGUUCCUAGUCAGUGUAUUGUUUUGUAGUUUUUCAGAGAAAUCUUUACACAGAGUUUAAAUAUGCUAAGUCCACACAUGGGUAGGGAAAAUGCUUUCCAUUUAAAGUCCUGUCUGCCUGUCACCAGCACACAAGAAGUAGAGAGUGUCUGUGGGAAUUGGAAGUACUCCAGUGAAGUGCGCUUUCCUCAUUUUAAGCACAAGGUAUCCCUGGUUUACUGUGCGCCUGCUCUGCACCAGCAGGCGCGGUGCUGGUCACUCUUGCCACUUUAUUUAUUUAUUUUGACCAUCUGUACAUUCCUUUCAUGUAGUUAGAACUGAGUUCUUAUUUCAAUUUGUUGUACCAUUUGAAUACUAUUUAAUGCCAGGCGUAUAUGUUGCUGGAUUCUUGCUGCCUUUGGUUACUUGUGCUGUGCUCAAAGUAAUCUGCAUUCUUGUUCAGUUACUGAAUAUAUAGUAGAAGCAACUUUGAAUAAUUGUGGCCAUUUAUUUGGGUUUGCUCAAUUAGUGCAUCAUGGACUUACAAUGUGUAAUAGUAACUUUUUUUUUUGGUCUUGAGUAAUGUUCAUUUAUCAAAAUAGGAACUUCAAGAUGCACUUAAGUUUUGUUUUAGCAGUGACUCAAAAAUGUUUCAGAAAUUACUUUGUAAUAAUUUGCAAUUAAGUGUUCUUUUCUCUUUACUCUUGUUCAAGCCUGUGAUCUUUCCUCUCCCAGCUAAGAAUUAUUCAAUAAAUUUAAGAGAUGUCAA